GGGGAGCUAAGCGGGCACCUGAACAUUCGCAAUACUUUUCUCGACUUGGAGGAUGCUCCGUCUCUGGCGGAGCAGAUCCGUGGCCUGCGGAGGGUGAGCUCCUGCCCGGUGUUGGAAAGCCACAGAGAGGCCCAUGUGGAGGACAAUGCACAAACCGUGCAGACCCCAGUCUCUCCGAAGUCUCCUCUCAGCGAGCCACAUGUGCAAAAUCAGGGGAAAGAGCAGAUCGAUCAGACAGAUCAGGCCGCCGCCAGGACGCGGCUGUCCAGUAGUGCAAAGAUGUUCCAGCCAAAGCCCGUGGCCACUGUUCCAGCCCCAAGCACCACCUAUUUCGCCGCACCCCCAAGCAGAACGUACGCCAUGCAAGGGGUGCAAAGCCAAAUGCUCCCCAGCCAGCCAUCGAUGUGGGCUUGGAGCCAGCAAUUCCAAAGCCUGCCUGGGACUUGCGAGUCACCGAACCAGAAGGGUCUCUUGCUGAGCACAGCCAGCCCGAGCGUGUCGAAGCCCAAGGUGAUCCUGGGAUCUGCAGCGCUUCCCAGUGUUGGCUCCGGCGGCCAUGCCACAGGCAAAACAGGGCCAAGCAAAGCCUUCUCAAUACGAGUGACGGAAGCUCUUGCUUUGGUCUUUGCCAAAGCUCUCCAGCUGCUGGUGGAUUGUGUGCACGACAGCUCCCUCAUUGAGACGGAACUGGAAAAGAUUUCCGUCAUGCACUGCAAGUUCGAUUUGCAAGCGUGGCACUUUGAGAUCUUCGGGCAGAUACUGCUGGAGACGCUGGCAGAAGCUGGUGGACAGGCAUGGUGCAAUGACUACACAGAGGCUUGGUCAAUGCUCUACGGUAUGGCUUCGCAGACUUUCCUGGAGGCCAUCGAUAGCUCGCGGACCAGCCUUUGCAGUGCGCUGCUACAAGGUUCCACCAAAAAAGUCAAGGAAGCUCUCAGCAAGGCGCCACGCGGCGAACGCGCGGCCAGUGCUCUCCAAGUCGGAGUUGGGCGACGACAGCUGUCACCACUUCUUUGGGCGCUGCGAGACAUGCACCUCGAGGUGCUUGAAAUUCUUCUCAGCGACAUUCUCACGAUCCGUGCAGACCGGCAGUGUUUCUACUAUGGCGUCGACGACCUCUGGAAACGGUGCCCUGCGAUUCUCGAUGCUCUGGUAGAGUUUGCCCCGCAUCUACUGGAGCCGCUGCUGGAUGGCCACAUGUGGGUGAGCCGGGAGACCACGGACGGCUUGCGACGAGUCAACCUCUGGGUGCAGUACAUCUACGGCAACCCUGAGGAGUUGGAGCAUGUGUUUGCAGGCCCUUUGGGGACCUUAGUUGAGCGACUGCCUGAGACUCACAUCGAGGUUUUUCGGCACCCUGUCAUCGCGGAGACCGUCAACCUCAAGUGGCACCAGUUUGGACGAAGGCGGCUCAUAGCCGUUUCCGUGCAGCAGAUCACCUGUCUCAUCUCUUACCUUGUCGUCAGUAUGUCCGGCGAUUUGUCUCUUUGGCUGCGCCUUUGCGCCUGCGCUCUCUGGGGAACGAUAACUGCCAUUCAGCUGGCGCACGGUUGCUACAUCGCCACGUGGGAGGCUUGCACGCAGCGGUGCACUUCACUGGACUUCAAGCUUUGCCGGCUCAAGGUGCCACGGAGUCUUUGUCAAUUCUUUGUGCAGCUGCGGCUGGUUUGCUGCCUCCUCUCUCUACUCUUGAUCGAGACCAUGGUGGUGAACUGCUUCUAUAGCAGCUCAGAUGCAAGAUGCUUGGAAGGAGACCAUGCGUCACCUCGGGUUCUGUCGGCGAGCGUUGCCUUCCUCCAGUGGAUCCAGAUGGCCGAGCUUUUCAAGCUUCAUGGAAAGAUGGCGGCUGUCGUUUUACUGGGAAAGGCUAUGAUGGAGGAUGCACUGCGCUUCAUGAUGGGCCUGGGGCUCUGGCUCAUCGCUGUGGGUGCAUCACUGCACAAGCUUCAGGACGAUGAGACCAGGCCGCAGAACGGCUUCUCCAGUGCUUACAACUUGUUCGCACACGUCCUCGGCGUCGGCACAGACACAGACUUGACAUACUAUGAGUCCUCAGAAGCCUUCGACACGGUCGUUCGCAUCGUCUACUUGGGUGCUUUGUGGGUCUCAGUGGUUCCGAUACUCAACGUGCUUAUCGCGGCGAUGGUGUCAACCUACUCGAAAGCUGAAUCCAUGACUCUGGGCCUUGCGAUCAAGGCCAGGGCGGGCUUCGUGCUCCGCAUGGAGGAUAUGCUUCGAUUCAAACGGCGCCUGCACUUCUUCAAAGACGCCGGCUUCGACACGGCGCUGGCUUUUUCGGAGCACGACAGAGGCCCUAGUGGGGGCAUCUCCAUGAUGUGCGACACCCUCCAACUCAAGGAGCAUGGCAGCUUCGGGCGCCGGGUCGGCGCAGUCCUUUUCUUUUCGGGAGAGACUGGUACAGAUCAGCCUUGGCCGUCCCAUGACAUCCCUCUGCUUGUCAACCAUGUGAACACUGUCUCCGAGAAGCUGCACUCCCAGGAACUACAUCGCGAGCUGCUUUCAGAGCUGCGUGUCAUCCGUGAUGCCACAUCACGGGCACGCGCUGCCUCUGCCUCGCGGGAACCUGUUGCAGCACCACCCGUGGAGGUUACACUGCAAACCUUGGCAGCAGUUGCUGAAGCGUCUACAGGCCAGCACUGUUUUUUGGCUGUGGAAGGCCGCAUCUAUGAUGUGGGCGCAUACCUUCCGAAUCAUCCAGGUGGCAGCUCGGUGUUGACGUCGGGACGUGGCAAAGAUGUCAGUGAGCUCUUUCGAGCAGCCCACCCUCAGCUGGUACGGGCACGGGAGGCUUUGGCUCAGCUUCCGGUGCUGGGCAUCUUGUCCAACGGCGAUGCCCCGGCCGAGAGCGCAGUGACGAAGAUCUUCGUCUGA